CAUUCGUAAAUGAGUUUUGUUCAUACACCUUGUGGAUUUUAAAAUGGAGGAGCUUAGUUUUUUAACAAUUUAUUACAUUAUUUCUCUUUUUAAUCAAAUCGAAGCCAAUGUUCUAGUGGAUGUGUCAAAUCCAGAAAUUAUAGAAGAUGUUAUUCAAAAUUAUAUUCCUACAUUACGUUCUAAUUCAGAAAUUUGUAGAAAUCAAAGUAUAUUAUACGCCGAAAAUCUGAGAAAAUAUACAAGAUGGGCAGCAGAAAUGUUUGAUUCUACAACGAAAUUUCCAAAUGGUAUACUUGAGGGAUCAAAUUACGAUUUUGGUAAUUUUGAUGAAUGCAUUAGAACAGAGGUUUCAUACGAGAAUUAUAAUUUUACUGGAAAGUACUGCUUGGCGAAAUACACUAUAGAGCCUUCAAAAUACUUUCUCGAAGAAUAUAUGUCCAAUGGAACAAGUUCUCUUAGUGAUUUUACGAACAGUUCAAUAUGGAUGAAAAUUAUUAAUUCUAUAGAAGAUCCUAUAAAGAACCCUCGAAAUAUAUUACGGUUUGCUUUUUGUAUGCCUUCCAGUUGCACCAAUUCGGAUUUACAGGAAACUCUACAGGAAGUUAUUGAAAACUUAAAUGAACAAGUUGGUUUCAGGGUAACUGUAGAAAUUGAUCAACUUAGUUGUCAAGUUCAAGCUCAAAGCUCUCGACUGGACUACGGCGAUCUAAUAUUUAUAAUAAUAUCCAUUAUUGCUUUAUGUUUUGUGAUCACUGGUUCAUGCUAUUACCAUUUUUCAAAUAGAAGACAAUCUGCAGAUAGUUCUGGUAUAAUACAAGAUAUACUGCUAUGCUUUGCUGUUCAAAAGAAUAUAAAAUCAUUAACAUCAGUGGGGAAUGAUUUGGAUGGUCUAAAUUGCACCGCUGGAAUGAAAGUAUAUUCAAUGAUUCUCAUAAUAGUUUUACACAGAAAUAUGUUCGAUUUUGGUUCAGCUCUAAGUAACUCGACAUACGUAGAAAAGAUUUAUACAAAUUUUGCUAUAACUUUUAUUUUAAAUGGACCUAUACUGGUGGAUACAUUUUUUACAGUCUCUGGAUUUUUAGCAACUUAUUUAGUUUUGCAUCAUUAUCAAACAGCAAAGAGAAUUUGCAUACCGCAAAUAUAUAUUCAUAGGUAUUUAAGAAUGGUAUCUGUGUAUGUAGUGAUUUUAACUUUCUAUUGUACAAUAUUUGUGAAAUUUGGUGAUGGCCCUUUAUGGAGAGAAAGAAUAGAGAUUGAACAACAAAAAUGCAGGAACGUAUGGUGGGCCAAUUUACUAUUUAUCAACAACUAUAUUGGAACUUCUAAUUAUUGUAUGUUCCAGACUUGGUAUAUGGCAUGUGAUAUGCAGGCUUUCCUUUUAAUACCUUUGUUAAGUCUUCUUUAUUAUAAGAAACCAAUCAUUGGUAUUGCAGUUACGAUUUUAUUCAUAGUUGUCUCGGGAAUAUUGGUCUUCACUACUAUAUACAUUUAUGAUGAGAUGCCCAUUUUGAUACCGUACAUGAGCAUGUUAUUACAUCCAGCUGAAAACAGCACUUUCUUGCGAGUGUAUAUUCCAGGACAUCUAAGAGCUAGCUCCUAUUACAUCGGAGCUCUGACUGGUUAUAUCAAAUACAGACUGAAAAAUAGCCAUUUCAAAAUUCCAAUUCUAUGGGUACGAGCUGGAUGGAUUCUUUGCGCGUCUAUGAUGUUUAUUUCAUUACAUACAGCUUUUGUGUUUUUCAUUCAUGAAGUUCCAGUUUGGAUUUCAGCUUUAUAUGGUGCUCUUUAUCACGCAAGUUGGAGUUUGGGGAUCGCUUGGAUCGUUAUUGCAGCUUCUUCUGGAUACGGAAAUUUGGUUUACAUGAUAUUGAGUAAGUCUCCUUUGGUAAUAUUAAGUCGACUCACUUAUACUGUAUAUUUAUGCCAUGGUAUCAUUCAAAUGUAUUCAUCUGGUACUAUCAGAGCGCCUGUUUACGCAAGUACUUACAACACGAUUCAUAAGGCUGCCGGGGAUAUUGUUUUGGCUUAUCUGUUGGCUUUGAUUUUAAGUUUACUGUUCGAAGCACCAAUGAUUGCAUUAGAAAAAUUGAUUUGGAGAGGUGGAGUAGUGACGCACCCUAAAAAAGAAGAACAUGAAGGUACAAGACUAUAAAUAAACGAAGAGAUUAUCAUUUUUGUGAUCACUUGCAGCAUAGUUUCCAUUUAUUGCUAAAUGUAAUGUUAUUAGAGAAUGUAGAUGAAAAUAAAGUUAUUUUUUUACUUUUUAUGCUUGUA